GGGGAAAGGCAAAAAACGACAAAGAUGUCGACAUGCAGCUCGUGACCCUCGCGCUUGGCGCAUACUCUACCGCGUCCUUUUCUCACGGCGCCCCGAGGCCCGUCCUCGGCCCCCUGAGCGGCACCGACCCCCGUAUCCUGAACGGCACCUGCCCGUCGACGGACAAGAACACCACGUGCGAGGCGCCGCACCCGGCCCAGCUCAAGGAGCUGGCGUGCGACAAAUACGACUCGGCCUCCCGGCGGGACCUGGACCACGAGAUCCUGCUGCGGCAGAAGUGGCUCCUCAAUUACGACAAUGGCAAGCAUCCCCUCGACUCCCUCAACUUGCUCGACUGCCCCGUGCCGGCGCAGACGUGCCGGCGCUUCGCGUGCGCCCGCUCGACGGGCCUCUUCGUGUGCAACCACAACGCGCACAACGUGACGCUCAACUGCGGCCGCGAGGUCGACGCCGUCGCCAACAAGAUCAACGACGGCUGCUGCACGCGCAAGGGCACGUGGAGCUCCGACGGCGUCUCGGGCCACUACACGACGGACCAGGGCUGGAAGGUCGUGGUGGCCUACGCCAACUGCGCCGGCGAGCAGGACUGGGACGCCGUCGUGCCCAACAAGACGGGCGCCGGCGUCAACGGCGUGUGCGAGACCGCCAACGACGGCCUCUCGGACCGCGAUGGCAUCUCCAGCAAGAGGUGGGAGGCCCUGCCCGCCCAGCUCUGGCCCACCCUCACGUACGAGGAGGGCAAGUUCACGACGGGCACCGCCCACCUGACGGCCAACUCCACCACGGCGCCCCGGACGACGGCGACGUCGACGGCGAUGACGGGCCUGGCCCGCCUGAACACCACCACCACGGCGACGGCGAACGCCACGUCGACAACGGCCCCCUCGAAAUCCAAGAUGGGGACGGUGACGGGUGAGAUCCUCGCGGCCGCCAACUCGACGGCGGCGGCGGCGGCGAGCCUGAGCCGUGGCAACAACACCGUGGCAGCGAACACCACGGCGACGGCGGCCCCUUCGAGCUCUAAGAAGGGGAUGCGCCCGGCCGUGGUGACUGCCCUCGCGACCUCCGUCGAGGGUGCCGAGGCCCAGGUGACGGGCGAGAUUCUCCCGACUGGCUCUGCCUAA